GCUCAAUUUUCCACCUCAAAGGAAGGGGGGAUCCUCACAGAUAUUAAUUUUCACAGAGGGGAGAUGGAGAAUGGGAGAUGGAAAUCAGGAAGGGGAAUAGUUUCCUGAACUUUAGAUUAAACUGGUGAGAGGAGUGCUGGGGAUCGAACUGUGUAUUAAAAACAGUGGCAAGAUCCUCCAGGGGAUCCUGCUUCAUUUCCCUACACAGUAUAGAGGAUCAGGGGUAUGAGGCCCUCCCUAAUCCAGAAAAUUGGUUGUGUUCACAAGCUCCUUCAGCGUUUUUCCAUCAAUCCUCCAAGGAUCCCUUGUUGUUCCUUCAAAAUUAUCCAAGCAGAACUGUUUGGUUUUCAAAGAUCCCCCUGUUUUCCCUAUUUCCAGAGUAUCUUGUGUGUGAUGGGAAAUGAUGGACAAGUGGGUUGAUGAGAGUGGAGAAACAAUGUCUCCUGGGAUGGAAGACACCUAUGACACCUGUGGGUGCCAGGGAUCUCAGCUUGGCAAUUCCAUGAGAUCCUUUCCAGAUAUCCUGUCACUGCCUCCUCCCCCUCCUGUGCCAGCAUCUCUGUUUGACACAUGGAUGCCCCAGGACACAUCAGGAAACAUUUCCUGCCACUUUUGCCACCUGGCUGGAAGUGGGGGUGACUCAGGACUGGUGGAAAUAUUUUCCAGAGGAGAGACCCCCAAUGAUGUUCUGUUUGUGAUAGUAACUGCCUGCUGCAUAGGAGGAGCUCUGCUUGGGGUCUUCAUAGCCUUGGCAGCUUUCAAGCAACACCAGAAGAAACUUGUCACAAUGGGGGCCACAAAGCGCACAACAGAGGCCAGUCUUGGAUUGUCCCCCACCAAGUCAGAGUCUUCCCUGGUGCUGCCCAGGAUUCAUUACCAUUCCAGACUGGAGUCCACCUGUUCAGCAGUACACUGGGUGUCCAGAAGGUACACCAACACUGAAAACCAUUACACAACCAUAGAAAGUCUCCCAAGGGAGAACCUGCUCACUGGAGAGGAGUUGUAUGAGGUGGAUUACCACCAAAGGCUUCACAGAGACAAGAAGACUUUGAUCAUGAGGCCAAACAGGUCCUCUUCCCUCCUACUUGUCAGACAGCAUGGGCACAUUCAGAGGUAUCCUGGAAACUACCUGGGGAUGCAAGUGUAUGAGAACCCAAGGACUGAGGAGCAGCAGAAAGCCUCAGACGCGGAUUUUGCCAAGGAAACCAGCUCCUUUCCAGACAUCCCCCACCCUAGAGUGAUGUGCAGGAAGGUCCUCAAGGGACACAUCAAUAAAGUGAAUUCUGUGGACUUUUCAGGGGACUCAAGACACAUGGUAUCUGGAUCUUUGGAUGGGAAGCUGAUUGUUUGGGAUGCUUGGACUGGGAACAAGACCCAAGUGAUCCCAUUGAGGUCCUCAUGGGUCAUGACAGCCCGCUUCUCUCCAUCAGGGAACUUUCUUGCCAGUGGAGGCAUGGACAAUGUGUGCACCAUCCAUGACCUGAACAACAGGGACAGUUCCACUGGGGCAGCCAAGCUAGUCAGGGAGUUGUGUGGCUUUGAAGGGUUCCUGUCUUGUGCCAAGUUCAUUGAUGACUCCAACCUCAUCACUGGAUCUGCUGAUCACAAGAUAUUCCACUGGGACCUGGCAAGUGGCAGGAGGCUGACAUCCUUUGAUGGACAUGAUGGGGAUGUGGUAGGACUCAACAUGUCCCCUGAUGGCAACACAUUCAUCACCUGCAGUGUGGACAGGACUGUCAAGCUCUGGGACACCAGGGAAGGUGGGACCAAGGCCUGCAAGAAGACUUUCAGGGGCCAUGCAGGAGACAUCAAUGGGGCUGCUUUCCAUCCAUCAGGCCUGGCUGUAGCCUCAAGCAGUGAAGACAAGACCUGCAGGUCAUAUGACCUGAGGUCAGAGAACCAGCUGGCAGUCUACAGUCCACCCACUGCCAACUCAGCCUUCACUUCCAUCCUGUUCUCCAUGUCUGGAAGACUGGUGCUUGCUGGCUCUGAUGACUCCAGUGUGCAUAUCUGGGACUUCUUCAAGGGCACUCACUUGGGUACACUCACAGGACAUGAGACUAGAGUGACAUCUAUCACCAUUGCACCCAAUGGAACAGCACUUGGCUCAGCAUCCUGGGACCAGUCAGUGAGGAUCUGGGGCUGAGAUUCCCCUGGCAUAAUAUAGUCAACCCAAGGACUCAUUUCAGUAAUACCACUGUUUUAUUCCUUUGACUUGCAUAGCAUGUGUGUGUGACAAGAUUCAAGUUCCUUGCAGUGCCCUCAUCAAACAAUAAAUAAACAUGGGAAUCUUGACUUGGACUUAAUGCCUGGUAACCAUAUGAUAUGUUUUUCCUGUGUCACUUUCUUUUGAAGCACGCAAAUGUCUGACAAGAGCUUGUCAGUGCUCUCACAACCCUGCUUCCUGGCAGUUUUAGUCUCUCAUUUGGCAGCUUGCUGGCAAGUCUAUAGAGAAAAGAAGGGAAACAAGAUCAUCAAGAUCUCAGUGUUCCACAAAAUGAGUACACUAUUGUACCUGGCAAUAGACAAAAUGGCAGGUUUUGGCUGAGGGAACACUUGAGCAGUAUUGCACAAGAUGUAUUCAAAGCAGUCCUCAUUUUCCAGGAUCUUGGUGACCAUGUUUGAGACUGUGUCCAGAGUGUCCUCAGAGUCUGUUGACCUCCUGCGCCUUUUGCCCAACUGUCCACCAUAGAACAGUGGUAGAACUAGGCCAAAGAAUGUCAACCAGACCACUGUGGCCACACAAAUGGCCACUGCAUCCACAAAACUCCCCACACCCAUUCUGUUGUAGUUUCCAAAUGUCAAGGGUGGUCCUAUCUUCUUCUUCCCUGGAACAUCUAUGAUGGGGAUGUCUGGGUAAGGGUUAUCUUGUUCCUGCAAAGUAAAAUACCUAUGGUACAAGCCUUUAUUGCACCAUAUCUGUAUAGGGACUCUCUUACAUGUUCAAUGUCACUGUAGUCAUUGUGUUCAUCAUGUUCUUCUUCAAAGUCUGGUUUCCAAUCUGUUUCAUCAUCAUCCUCUUCAAGAGUAUUUUUGAGGUUGUCCAACAUGCCUUUCAGUUUGCCCAUCAGCUCAGAGUUGCCAAUGGAACCCAGAGCCUUGUCCAGGAAAUUCCCUGAACUUUCCAUCUUCCUAAGCAAUAUUUUAAGACCAUUAGAGUUCUUUAAAGUAUAUUUUCUUAAAUAUUUGAGGAAAAAGUAGUGAUUCUCUCUGGUUCAAAUGUCAAAAUUCAAAAGAAUAAAAAUGGCUGAUGAGCAUUUUAAGUCAAGACAAUUAUUUUUCAUGGUUUUUCAACCAUUUUAUUUAAAAAUAUAUUGAAUAUGGGAUUGGAAGAAAAAUUAAGCAACAGCCACUCACCUGCUGCCAUCUGGAUCUGCACUGCAAACCACAACCAACAAGAAACCUAACACU